AUGUCAUCCAAAGACAUAUUAAAAGUGGUGCCACUCUUAGAGAGAUUGUCUUUAAUCCGUUUCGGCAAUGAGUCGGGCGUUAAGCGACUGCGAGAAGCCAUCGAUUUUGCGGAUCAACUCAAAGACAUUAAUGUGGACGGCGUUGAGCCCAUGAUAUCGCCGAAUGAGACUAAAUGCACAUUUUUAAGGCAAGACACGGCCACUCAUACCGACAAACAGGAUAUCACACAAAACGCCAAAUUCCUUGUCGAAGGAUAUUUUGUGGCACCGAAUCAGUAA